CAAGGCAGAGACAGGUGAUUUGUUGUGGCAUUAGUUAGAAGACGAUUUCUGUUGUCAUUUAUAACUGAAAAACUGUCCAGAUAAAAUAAGCUGUACUGUUGACUGUAAGCUUAUUAACGUAAAUAUCGAAGAAUGUCAGGGUCUGAAUCUACUUUCAUCCCCAACCACACGACACCGUUGGAGACUCCACCUUCACGACGACGUAGUCCCAGAUGUUUGUUCUACGUCGUCUUCGCCUUCUCCGUGUCUGUCAAUGUGGCUUUAGCUGUGCUUUUCAGCGUACACAUGCAAAACCCAGGGUCAUUCCACCAGAAGAAGUCGGACGUAUCUUCUGGUCAGCUUGAUCAUGGGGGUCAUGAUAUGUGUUUUACUUGUGAUCAGUUUGGUCCGAUGGUCGAAUCACUGGACACUAACAUCAUUCGGACCUCCUCGCAUCAGCUAUGCUGUCAAAGAAGUAAUACUGAGGUCAGGGAAGCAUUCAAGAAGAUGAUCAUUGACGAACUCAACAGACGAAUUGCAGGGUCGGACCAGUUGAAUUCCCCUGCUAUGCUGAAUGUCUUCUAUGAAACCAUUAACAUUGGAUCCACUGGCGCCCACCUCGACAUGGUUCCAAUCAAAGGCUCGAAACCAGCAUGGACCAUCUACGAUGACUACAGCAUGUCGUAUUGUGCCAAUGUCGUGUGUGAUAACGGAACGAUCAGAGUUCCAGGCGCAGGGAGGUACCUCGUAUACUCGCACAUAACGCUUAACGUAACCCGAGACACUAUCUUCACUCACCGGAUACAUCGGAACGGGGAAAACACGGUCCCGUUGCUGAUAAGCAAGGUCUCAAUCACAGGGACAGAUUCCCCUCGGCGAACCUCGUUUCUCUCUGCCGUUUUGAAACUAAAAGAACACGAUGUCAUCAGCGUAUAUAUACUGGAUGAGUAUUAUGAUCUAGUCGAAAAGAGCAGGUUUUCAAACUACCUGGGUUUAUUUAGACUCUGAGGUUGGGUGAAAAGUGGUUUAACGCCACGUUCAAGAUUACACUGUAAGAGUGCGUCUCUCUCUCUCUCUCCCACCCUCCCCCUCUCUCUCUCUCUCUCUCUCUCUCUCUCUC